AUGUCCUCUGCACAAGACGAGUUCAAUCGCCUUGCCCUCAACAGUCGGGAGCGAUACUCCACUCAUCCUGAAGACCGUGACAACUCUGACCGCGACUCCAAUUCCGAGUCGGACGACGACGCCAACGACCAACCCCAGUACUCGGACGACGAAGACCACGAUCCCACCAUGUCUCGCACAAGUACCUACCAUGUCCCGAAUAUCGUUUACGAUGCCAAUACCGGCCCGAAAGGUGUCAUUGCCGAUGCCCAGGCCUUUGAGCGCGCUCGCAAGGGCUCCUUCCGUCGCACCCUGUUCGGCGACUCGCGUCCUCCCAAGUCCGUGACCGAUGACGCAACCCUACUGCAGAACUCGACGCCCCCGGACGGUUCUGGUAGCGAGGAAGAUGAAGAUCGGUUUCUUCGCAGGUGGCGCGAAUCACGCAUGGCGGAAUUGCGGCAGGUCCCUCAUCGACGGCCGAGUCCUCGCCGGAAGUUCUACGGAUCGGUGGACACGGUUGAUGCGGUUGGAUAUCUUGAUGCCAUUGAGAAAGUCCCGUCGGAGACGAUAGUGGUCGUGUGUGUUUAUGAUCCCGAGGUACGUGACAUCAUCCCCUGGUGUCUUGAAUAUCCAGGAUAG